UGAUUUCCGCAAGAGGUCGUCCUUGUCACAUUUAGCUGCGCCCAGCCUUUCUCUCUCUCUCUCCUCCUCUUCUCUGGAUCCAGUCGGUGGAAAUCUACGUGACUUUUUCAUUCCCCCCAUCUCUCUUCCCCCGAAAAUAAAGCGACGUGCAGUCGCUGCAAUAACAAUUGCGAGCUGGAUCAACUGGGAGACGCCAUCGGCCGCACCUUUCCCUGAUGAAGAGGACAGCGACCGAGACUAUAUGUUGUACAGAGUGGGACCAAAGGGAGAUAGCCACAGAGAUGCGUUAGUGCAAAGCUGACCAGCGAACUCAAGCCCAGGAAGGAGGAGGAGGAGAAGAAGGAGGGGGCAAUUAACACUGAGAAUCAGGAUGCAUGUCUGAUUUUCUUUUCUGCUUUCCUCAUUUAGCCUUGGAGCUGAUAGCAAGCAUGAUUUUUGCAACUGUGAAUCCAGACAUUUGUCCCGAUGCUGGUGGCUGUAGGUAAUCUGGACAGAGGGCUCGCUCCUGGUUUUUACCUGCUGUUGGUGGCUAUGUUCCUGGGGAAUACAGGAGACUGGAGGUCAUCAGCUGAGACCUCGGUCGAGGUGCCAGGAGGUGCUCGCCUUCAGCUCUGCACUUCGCUGCUGAACGUGGGGAUGGCUGCAAGAUGCAUCGGAUUGUACAUGCUGCUGCAGCUGCUGUUCCUGCCCGGCUCAGCAUCAAACGGACCUGGGAUGAUCUACCAGCUUUUAGACCUUUCUGCACAAUUGUCUCCACCUGUACAACGGCCGUUAGAAACAUCUCAUUUAACUCCAGUGUGGCCUUGGACUUCCCGAACUCUUCGCCAGCGAACAUUGUCCUCUUACCUACGUUCUUCUUCACGCACCAAAGCAUCAGUAACGGAAUCAGUUGAGGAAACAGUCACUAUCAAAAGUAACCCUCUUACAUUCCAAGUGGUGACAACUCCGCAGAUGAAUCGAAACACUGCCAUGGAUGCGACAACAUCAAGAGCAACACUUACUCCUCAGCUUUCCCUUCACAGUGAAACAUACAAAACCUGGCGUACUUCUGAGUUAUUAAUGUCGUCACCACCAAAUGGUGGAAUGGUGGUGAUCCAGCGACCAAAAGCAUCUUCAGCUUCACCCUUGGCCAGCUCAGAUGACAUGAAAGCCACACCACUGAACCCAUCCCCUCCAGCCACAGUGCAUGAUGCUCUCAGGACUCUGAUUGACUCUGACUCUGAAGUAGCUGAGACGACGCCAGUGACCGUCCACCUUUGGUCGACUCCAUCGACAGCCAAUUUCACUGAGACAGCGAAUACCGUCAACCAAUCAACAGCGUCAAAUGUCACCUUUCAAACUGCCCUGAAGACCGGGCACCCGAGCACAGUGAACAGCACAGUGAACAGCACAAACUUAACGCCUUCCCCUCAAAGGCCAGUGUCAUCCAGGGCGGCAGUACCCAGUGUGCCCAAUGUAACUGUGGUCCCACACCCAGAGAGGUCGGUCCCUUCAAUGCCGCAGACAACAGUUUCCACGGAGCCGGGCGGCUGGACAAACCCCCACCCAGAGACUGGCAAAAUUUCGAUGGUGCCUUCGCUAACGUUGACAGCAGCUUUAACUUCAAUCACCACGGCAGCCCUGGUGCCAAAGGACACACAGGCAUCAACGACCCAUCUGUCAACUGCUGCCAAGGGAACAGCUGGAACUCCAGGCAGCUUACCGAUGCUGCCUACUCUGACCUGCAAAUUGUCAGAUCAACUCUGGGUUAGGACAGUUGCGACAGUGACAUCGAGAAAGGUUCGACCAGACAUGAUGCUGAAACAGAACGUGACAAGGGGACUUACACAGGCGUUGAAGCGAGCUUUCUUCACUAAUGAUGUACAGGCUCAGAUUGAAAGUCUCGAAAGAAGAAAUAAGGUCUUUAUUGGAUUCUACGCUGUGACUGGGAAUGAGGUAUACAUUCCGUCCGCUGUGACUGAAGCGAUUACGAUGUAUGGAAUUGAGAACUUCGUGCGGGACAUGCAGCAGCAUGUACCUGAUCUGCAGUCCGUCCUGAUUUCUGCCUCUUCAUGGGCUCCACCCCCAGCCCGAUGGUUCCAAUUAAAAACAGUGCUGCAGUUUGUGAGUACAACAGACAUCGUGAAAUUCUGCAGUUUUGUUCAGACCAUGGAAACAAGGCUACGGAGAGCAUUCGAGGAGGCUGCAUCUCGAGCCAAUUUGAAAAGUUACUUCAGUGUUCAGAUUUUGAACACGUCUGUUGCUGAUGGCUCUACAGCUGUCACAAUGGUGUAUGCAGUGAGAAAUGAAAGUACGCUUCUCAAUGGCACAACAUCCAGCAGUCUUUUGCAUCACUUGACAGCUGCUGAGCUUGGAUACUACCUGGCUUACCCACCUCUGAUCCUUGCUGAACCUUUGGAAUAUGAAAAUCUUGACACCUCACUGGCGACUGAGAAAUCCUGGGUUGUUACAGUUAUCCUUGGUGUUGACAAUAGCUCUCUGGGUGAGCAGUAUCAACGUUUUGCGAGCCUGAUGGAGCAGAGGUUAGCGAACCUGUUCGUGGCAGCUCAGCAACAAGGGCGAAGGUUUAAACGAGCUUCGACAAUCGGUAUCUACACUGUACAGUUGGUCAGCAUUAAACGCCUUCCUGGUCCUAAGAAUCCAGCUGAGUUGACCUACUAUGCCUUGGAGAAUGGUGGGGCCUUGCUGGGUACAACCGCGGCCAAAAUAUUGAAUACAGUUGACUCUCAGACCAUGGCCUUGGAGUUAGGAUAUCGUGUGCAACUCCAAGCUGAACCUGUUGUGAAAAGCCCACCAAACAACUUGUGGAUUAUCGCUGCAGUGCUGGCUCCUGUUGGUGUGGUAACCAUUAUCAUCAUCAUUAUUUCCGCUGUACUGUGCCGGAAAAACAAAGGCGAGUUUAAAUCCGAGACUAUGUCGAAUCUUCACCAGAGAGCAAAGCCAGUCCAGGGGUUUGAUUAUGCCAAACAGCACAUUGGUCAACAGGGAGGAGAGGAUGAAGUCACCAUUACUCAAGAGACUGUAGUCUUACCACUGCCUGGCCGAGAUGCACUCAUAUCUCAAGAACGAGAAAGCUCCCAGGAUGGAGUUAACAUCAAAUCACUAAAAACUAUCGAUAUACGCAGAAGCAGGUUACACAGCGAACAGGAUUCUGUCAUCAGUGAGCAGUCAGGAAAUCUUGACUCGGAUACAGGCACUCCCCAGAAGGCAACCGCACAGCAGAAAAUUACAAAAGAGGGAACAAGGAAGAAAAAUGCACCAGUCAGUGACGAGGAGGAGAGUGCCACACUGUUUGAGCACGUCUCCAAGACAUCAGAUGAUCCAUUCGACACGUCCUCCGGGUCCGUUCAGCUCCUCUCGAUCAAGCCUCUGUCAGCCCAUCCUGGUUACCCUGUGUCAGAACGAAGUCCAGAGGCAGUGGCAGUUAAUGGAGAGGUAAACAAGGCUCUGAAACAGAAAUCUGAUAUUGAGCACUAUCGGAACAAGUUACGCCUGAAGGCAAAGAGAAAAGGAUAUUAUGAUUUCCCAGAAGUAGAAAAUAAUCAAGUGAUGAUGGAGAAGCAGAGGAAAAUGUACGAGAAAGGACAGAUGGAAGCUGAAACACAGGUGCCCUCCACGUUUACUGAAUCUCGAAACAGGCAAUCCCAGACGAAGAACGCUGUUUAUAGGAGCAGGCAGUCUUUGAAUAGCCCAGGUCCAGGAGGAACGGAGAUGGAUCUACUGGUCAGGAGGGAGCGAUCACGACGGGGCAUUCGCAACAGUGGAUAUGAUACUGAGCCAGAGUUGACAGAAGAAACAAACGUUGACCGAAUUGCGGAGUCUCAGACUGCCACCCGAGCAAGACAGGCCAAAGGUCACUCGGAAUCCUCCACCCUCAGCUCCCAGCCGUCUAUCGACGAGGUCAGGCAGCACAUGCACCAGCUCCUGGAGGAAGCGUUUAGCCUGGCCUCUGCAGGACGGGUCGCUCACGGCCGUCACCAGAUGCACUACACCACGGGUCAGCCAUUACCCUACACCGAGCUGGUCACCAGCGCCCCUGGAACCAUGAGCAGAUCGAGGGCUGGACUCCAAUGGGUUCCUGCGUGUGGCCAGGACCUGUGCCAGUAUAGUUUGCCCAGACCUGCUUAUAGGUAUUCGCAACUCCCGGAAAUGUCUGUCGGAUCCCCACCACCCGUUCCUCCCAGAAAUGCUCCUGUAGCAGUUACAUCCCUCAGACGUUGGACAUCAGAAAAUAACAAUAACACGAGAACAGUUGAGAGUCACAGUGCAGAUCAAUCACAACAUGAAGCUUCCUAUGUACCCGUGUCCAGAUCCACUGUCGCUGCAGAACAACCAGUCACAAAUUACUCAGGUAGCUCAGUGCCAGCAGUCUAUGCCAUACCAGCCAACAGACCUGGAUUCCCAAACUACUUCAUCCCUUCUCCUUCACCCUACCGCAAUCAUGCCUGGACCCCGUACGUGGGAGAUGGAGAAACACAGGCCCAGUGGGCAGAGAACGUAACGCUCCCUGGAUACGUUGAGGCCUUUUCACAUGCUCGGUAUCCACACAGCUCUCCCCAUCGGCAAUACAGUCAGACGCAACCUUCGAAUCCACCUCGGUGUAUUGAGCAAGCUCAGACUCCGUCCACCGCUGCAUCUCAGCAGAGUUUGACAGAGAAUGAGUCCUCCGAAACCUCCUACACCAACAUCUCCACCGCUGCUUUGGUCAAGGCCAUCAGGGAGGAGGUUGCAAAGCUGGCCAAGAAACAGACUGGCAUGUUUGAAUUCCAGGUUUAGCGGCACUCUGCAGUGUUAUCCCCUGAAGAGCCUGGACAACAUAGCUUCCCACGGGAGCCAGAGCAGCGAUGGAAUUUCUAGUUUGUUGGAUUGAAUUAACCUCAACGAGUACAAAUGUCAUUAGCCUCUGGAUGGAACUAACAACAAAAAAAAAUCAUCUUGCGGAUUCGGGCCAAUUGUUUCAAGCCAUGAAAAGUGGAUCAAUCAGAUCAUUCGACUGCUUCCCCAAUGGAAUGCAUCUGAAAAUGCGCCAUCAUACAUCGUGUCUUAUUCUAGUAAUGUCAUUGAGUGUAAUGUUUAGCACAAGACUACUAUAUUGGUGGAGGUGGGAGGACUUUGACUGACCCCUGUGUAUUUUAUAUGAGGUAGUCAAUGCAUAUAUUGAAAACAGAUGUGCAAAAAAACAGACUUGUCAAAGGAAAAAAAGCGACAAUAGGUGAGGAAGCUCAACUGCAGACUAUUGCUGUACAUUCCCUGCAGCACCCUCCACCGGAAAACUUCAGGCAUCAGCUGACAAGAAAAGCAGAACGGGCACAGGAAUUGUAAGAUGCGAGUGAUUUAUGAUAACCAGCAAUUACAUGCAGCUCCUAAUCCAAUCACGUGGAAACCUGGUACUCAAUGGUUGUAAGCUUCAAUCCGAAUAGAGUACAAUGAUACAAUUCCUCUCUCUACCCGAGCAAACAAGCGUUCUGAUGAUCAUCACACUCUCCAUUGACGGACCACUUAGUGAUACAGGAUCAGUCCAUUUACCAUCCUUGGCAGUUGGGAUAUGGACUGUUCCCUACUAUCGAGCAAAAUCUGUAUUUUCCACUGGCAGUUGGACAAGUUUGAAUUCUAACUUGCAUUUAUAUAUUGAUCGUGUCUUAAAUGAUGGAGUCAGCACUCUGAUCUGUGAAAUCCUGGAUGUUACUCUUGUGUAAAUGAUUCCAAAUAAACCCUGACAUGGUACUGAAGUUUAACCAUUCCCAUUACAUCAUAGAAUGGAACUCCAGAUUUCUUCUUAUCGUUGGUGUCCAGUGGUGUUGCUUGAAGGCCAUUAUGAAUAUUGAAUGCUUUGAAAGUAGUUUGAACUUUAUUACAGUAUUAGAGUUAUGGAGCGAAGGCAGAGAAAUCAAUAUGGUCUAAUCAGACACAGUUUAAUUGAACUAGGUAAAAACAAGGAAUUGAAUGCUGGAAUAAGCUUGAAAACCCGAGUGACUUCCUCCUGUUGCAAAAGUGUUAUGUUAAUAUUAACUGCAAGUUUGAACUUUGAACAUUUUACAUGAAUAGAACUCAAAACAUUAAAUUGCAGUCUUUAAAUCCUCUUCCUGGUAAGUUGUAUUGAAUGUCUUAUAUAUGAAUGUCACCAGCCUCUGCUCCCCAUGAGGAGUUAAUCUUUCAGAAAGUGCAGAUUCAAAGAUGAUCUGUAGCAUGAACACUCUAUGGAAUGAGUCUUGUUGUAAAUAUGAUGGGUUGAGGGUAGGAGGCUGUGUGAGAGGGUCAAGGAAUGAACCUGCCUUCUCCCUUUGAUUAACACUUUGAACCUUUGUAUUACCUCUGCCAUAAUCAAUGGGAUAUAUUAAUCUCCUCAAGGGAUGAAAGAGCAACAUUGGGUUUAACAGCACUUAGUUUGAAUUCUUCAUAACCUGUUCUGUUCACAGUGGUUUGAUAAUUAACAAAAUGGGAAUCUACCGUGGCUAAGUCUUUGCCUUUCACUAUGCCUUUAUCAAUCUUACAUGAGGCAGAUAACUUAAAGAGACAUCUAAAUUACUGUUGACUGCAAAGACAGAGGUGCUGAUGUUUUGCUGCUCCAUCUGGAGGUUAGUGAGUAGCUGAAGUUCUAACCUUUGAGUGUAUCCACGAUCAUUGAGACUGAACAUGUAUUAUGCCACAGGAUACAGAACAUGGUUAAUGAGCAAAUCUGGCAAACACUAUGGAUUCUGACAUUUGGGCGCAUUGCUGAUUUUACUCACCAAGUGGGACAUUACCUGGUCUGAGAUGAACCCUCAUUUUAUCCCAUCAACAAUGAUUACCUUAGUAGAGAUUACAAUGCUGCAGGGUACAAAACCAGUUUGUACCUGAUUCCAAUGGUCUCCCAGGGGCUGAAGUAAAUUAAACUUGCACAAGUCCUCCCCAUUCCAGUUAAUUGACAUGAAAUCCAUUGUCUGGUUCUAACUAUAGGCUUUUGAUGUUGGGAGUAUUUCAUUGUUCUGCCAAUAUCAUACUCAAUGUUAACAAUGAGUAAUAUCAGACAAACCACACCGAAGUGAUAGAUGAAUGUAAUCAGUGUGAUUUAGGUUAUUACUCUGAAGUGACACAUUCAGUACAACUUACCAACAAUUUCCUUUCUUGGGCCUUUGUACAAAUGUUUGCACAAUGUUAAUAUGAUCCUAGGACAUAAUGAUCAAAGAUGAUCAUUGAUCCUUCAUGUUCUCUCGCUAAACCAAGUCCUGGAUCCUGAAGAUUAUUGUUUGACUUACAUACUUGUGUGUUGGAACUCAAUACAAGCCAAUAUUCUGUUUCUGUGCCAAUGAAAUUUUUGUUUACUUUUUACUUGGAUUUAAAUAAUAAGAACUGUGCGAUAAGUGCUAAGUGCAUAAGCUGUGAGUGUGUAAAUGUGCCAAGUCAAUCCAGUCAGUGCAAAGGAGUUAAAUGGUAAGUCUCAUUGGACAAACUGGUUUCCAUUUUUCAAUGAAUACCUGUUUUUCUGCUUACUCUAUAACUUGUCAUUCUUUCGAGAAUUGAAGACAUUCUGUAACUUUUGAGUGGCUUUUUUAUUCUCUAGAAUGACUGAUCAGCUGUUUGGCAAAAUUCUGGAAAGGGACACAUUCAGUUUUGCUGUUCCCCAUGUUUGCUGUGCGCAUCUGUAUUCUGAGCAUCAGUUUGAAGAGUAAUUGGAAAAGGAAAUAUCUCCUUUAGCAUUGGUUAUGACUGAAAUUUGACUGAAAACCCUAUUAAGCACAUCUCAUAAAAAGUAUAGCAAUGCAAAUGUUCCUUCCUAUUAAUGAAAAUGAAGGUUUUAUUUUAAAAAUUUGAAAAGAUUGAUCAAUGCAAAAAAUUUAAAUUCAUCAAUUUGUGUAAUUACCCAUGCAUUCUGUUUCUGCCUAAAGGUCAGCAGAAAGGUCACAGUUAACAGUCAGUACUUUUACUAUUAAUUGCUGCUAGGUGUCAAGCAUGGGCAAGAAGUCACUGAAGCCUACAAUGCAUCAAGUCUGCAACAGUCAAUAACCAUCCAACUAUCCCAAUUCCAUUUUCCAGCACAUCGCACAUAGCAUUGUGUACCUUGGCAUCAUAAGUCUACAUUUAAAUUCUUCUUAAAUGUUAUGAAGAUUGCUGCCAGCACUAUCCUCACAGGCAGUGAGUUCCAGAUUCCCACCGCCCCGAAUGAAAAUAAGAUUCAUCCCCCCCCCCCAAACCGCCCUGGGUGGCUCAGUGCCAGAGACCCGGGUUCGAUUC